AUGGCUUUCCACUCACAUUAUGAAAGAUUUUACUUCUCUAUUUUGUUUUCCCUGUUUGCCAUAACCUCUGCUCAGUUAUCUUCAGAUUUCUAUGGAACAACAUGUCCCAAAGCCCUUUCUACCAUAAAAUCUGCAGUGAGCAGUGCUGUUUACAAAGAGCAUCGCAUGGGGGCAUCCUUGCUUCGUCUUCAUUUCCAUGAUUGCUUUGUUAAUGGAUGUGAUGCAUCAGUUCUAUUGAAUGACACUUCGAGCUUUACUGGAGAGCAAUCAGCUGGUGCAAAUGUGAAUUCUCUGAGAGGUUUUAAUGUAAUUGAUGACAUCAAAACUCAAUUGGAGACUGCUUGUCCUGGAAUUGUUUCUUGUGCAGAUAUUCUUGCUGUUGCUGCCCGUGAUUCUGUUGUAACAUUGGGUGGUCCAUCAUGGACUGUUGGACUAGGCAGAAGAGAUUCAACCACUGCAAGUAAAGAUGCUGCCACUAAGGAUAUCCCAUCCCCUCUUAUGGAUCUUAGUGACCUUAUAUCUGCUUUUUCAAAUAAGGGGUUUAAUGCCCAAGAAAUGGUAGCCCUCUCAGGAGCUCAUACAACAGGGCAAGCCAGAUGCCAGUUGUUCAGAGGCCGGAUUUAUAAUGAAACCAACAUUGAUUCAAAUUUUGCAACAUCAGUAAAGUCAAACUGUCCAAGCACUGAUGGUGACAAUAACCUUUCCCCACUUGAUGUCACCACCAAUGUGUUCUUUGACAAUGCAUAUUUCAAGAAUCUGGUAAACAACAAAGGACUUCUACAUUCUGAUCAGCAACUCUUCAGUGGUGGUUCUACAGACUCUCAGGUUAAAAACUAUAGCACCAACCCUUCAGCUUUCUCUGCAGACUUUGCUAGUGCCAUGGUAAAAAUGGGAAACCUCAGCCCUUUAACAGGGAAAAAUGGCCAGAUUCGUACUAGCUGCAGCAAAGUUAACUAA